UCUCUGCUGAUGCUUCAAGGAGCACCUGUCGUCCCAACAUCCUUUGCGUGUCCAAUAUGGAAGAACUGGUGGUGGAGGUCCGUGGCUCCAACGGGGCUUAUUACAAGGGCUUUAUCAAAGAUAUCCACGAUGACUCUCUCUCCAUUGCCUUUGAGAACAAUUGGCAGCCAGAACGCCAGGUGCCCUUCAGUGAUGUCAGGUUGCCACCACCUGCUGACGCCAAGAAGGAGAUUGGAGAAGGCGAGGAGGUGGAGAUCUUCUCCAGAGCCAAUGAACAGGAACCUUGUGGAUGGUGGUUAGCCAAAGUCCGCAUGAUGAAAGGAGAUUUCUAUGUGAUUGAGUAUGCAGCCUGUGAUGCCACCUACAAUGAAAUUGUGACCUUCGAGCGUCUGCGUCCAGUGAACACCAACAAGGCCAUCACCAAGAACUCCUUUCACAAGUGCACUGUCCCUGUUCCCCAGGAUCUACAAGAAGCGUGCCAGAGUGAGAAUGCCCAUAAGGACUUUAAGAAAGCUGUGGGAGCCUGUCGCAUCUCAUACUGCCCCGAGACCAGUCAGCUAGUGAUUGUGUCUACCAAUGAGACAACAGCGAAGCGUGUGACUUUGCUGAGUGACAUGCAUCUGCGGAGCCUGAGAACCAAGCUGCUUUUAAUGUCACGCAACCAGGAGGCCACAAAACACCUGGAGAACUCCAGACACCUGGUGUCAUCCUUCCAGGAGGAGUUUAUGGUGAGACCGGAUCUGAUGGGCCUGGCCAUCGGAAGCCACGGCAGCAACAUCCAGCAAGCACGGAAGGUUCCAGGCGUCACUGCCAUUGAGCUGGAUGAGGAGACAGGCACAUUCAGGAUUUAUGGCGAGACAGCAGAGGCAGUUAAGAAGGCCAGGAGCUACUUGGAGUUUCUGGAGGAUUCUGUUCAGGUGCCGAGAAACCUUGUUGGCAAAGUGAUUGGUAAGAACGGUAAGGUCAUCCAGGAGAUUGUGGACAAAUCCGGAGUGGUGAGGGUCCGGAUAGAAGGAGACAAUGAUAACAAGCAGCCUAGACAAGAAUUGACACAGGGAAUGGUCCCAUUCACCUUUGUCGGUACUAAGGAGAGUAUCGGUAAUGUUCAGGUCUUGUUGGAGUACCACAUCUCUUACCUCAAUGAGGUUGAGCAGCUUCGUCUGGAGCGGAUGCAGAUUGAUGAACAGUUACGUCAGAUCACCCAGGGUCACCGACCAGUUGACAGGGAGAGAGGAGAGAGAGGGGAGAGAGGAGGAGGAUAUAAUACUGACAACAGUGCCAAUGCCUCUUCCUCCUCCUUGCAUGUCAGUCGUUCCUACAACGGUCGAGGCCGUGGGCGCAGAGGCCACAGCUACAGCACUGGAUAUGGCACAAACUCAGAGCAGUCCAACGCCUCUGAGACCGAUUCAGAGCGCAGGGAUGAGCUGAGUGACUGGUCACUGGCUGGAGAGGACCACGACAGGGACAGAGAUAGAGGCCCACGGCCACAAAGAGAUGGCCGCAGGAGACCAGGACCCGGCAGAGGCCGAGGGGGGCCUGGAGGACGGGGAAGAGGAGCAAGAGGAGGAUACAGUUCUGUAGGGCAUCGGGACCAUGAUGACAACCACGCCUACGGAGUCUUGGAGACAAACACAGAGACAGACCAGACAGCUGAUACCGAUGCCAGUGAGUCCAACUUGCCUGCAAACCGCCGCCGAAGGUCUCGACGACGCAGAACAGAUGAGGAUGCUACACUGAUGGAUGGCAUGAGCGAGUCUGACAACGCCUCAAUGAGUGAAAAUGGAAUAGAUGACUCGGAAGCUAAACCUCAGCGUCGUAAUCGUAGCCGACGUCGUCGCAUCCGCCUGCCUGAGGAGAGGCAGCCAGUGACUGUGGCUGACUACAUAUCCAGGGCUGAAUCUCAGAGCAGACAGAUGACCACCAAGGACUCCAAGAAAAACAAAGAUUUGAGUCAGGUGGAUGUCAUCGCUGAGCACAGCCCGCAGGCCACCCUGGCAGCCACCAAUGGUUCUAGCAACAGCACUGCCGACGGCGAGGGCAACAAUGACACAAGAGCUCCCAGGUCUUCCACUGACAGGCCUGCCAAAGUGUCCUACAAGGAGGACUCCAACCCACAAGCUGUUGUUAAUGGGCUCUCUUAGUCAUAUUUGAGCAAAGGAAAUGGUUUCAAAUAUUCUGUGGCUGCACUUGAUUGAAUCUUCAUGACUCUGGAGCAGCCUCAAAAGAGAAUUUUAACAUUUAAAUACAAAUAGCACUGUUCUUUUUUUACUUUACAAAUAUUUGAAACCUGUUCCGCUGUGCAAGUUUUAGAGGUCGAAACCUUAACCUUCCCCUUACAUGUAUUCUGUCCAACUAUCCAUUUUACUACAGUUUUUUUUUUUUUUUUUUUUUAACAAUAGUUCUUCCUGUAUCAGCUUGCCAAAGAUAGUCAAACACACACACAGACUUACAGACAUGUACUUGAGCUGUACUUUUCAGCCCUCUCUUCAUUGAGCACUCUGGGUUGGACUGAAUACAGUAUUUAUACACAAAAUGCAGACAGGGAUUCCACUCAAACCCAUACUGUGGUAUAAAUGCAGCAGUACUUUUUUAUGGUGUAAAAAAUAAUAAUAUAGCAGGGUUUUAGAACAAAACAAUGCCUGCCUUCUACCAGGUGGACUCAGAAAGAUGCUUCCACAACCUUUGUUGAGGAUGUUUUGUGCAUCUGAAGUAGUUUGUAAAUUAGAUGUUCUGCAUGAGCAGUAACACGGUGCAGACAGGUUUCUUGGAAUCCCAGGUAUGUUUGACAUACGUGUGAUCAGCUGUUGUGCCUUGAGAGUAGAUUCAACAUGUUGUUGCCUGGCUCUGCACACCAUCUGAAAUCCUUUCACCUAUUUCUGUGUUACCUGUUUGCCUUCAUCUGCUGCAGUGGAACCAUAGAAGGUGUCUCCAUGUGCUAAAAGUCCUUCUAUGUGUGUACUGUGGGCAGCUGAAGGCAAACACUGAAAUGCCCUAAAAGGAUUUCAGAGGCAUCUUUUUAAAAUCAGGUGUGUCUUGUUCCUAAUGUUGUGGGGAGGGAGGGAAUGAAUCCAGUUAUCCUUUCUAUAUAUAUAUAUAUAUAUAUAUAUAUAUAUAUAUAUAUAUCUGUUGAGGAGUUUGACAUUAGCUGCUUCCUGUUUUUCAAUAUGCAACCACUUCAGUCAUAGAUGAAAUGUUAUUACAGCGUGUCUGGAAAAGAAACAAACAAUAGAGGAGUUGUUUUCUUUGCACUGAAACGUAACCUUUUCUGUUAAAGAGCUGAUUGUAGUUGAGUCUGGAAACUGGUCCGUUACUGUUUAGUGCUGGACAGAAAUGUAGCCAUCAGUGCUGGGUUUCCUGGGAACAUCUCAUUACUAAACAUUGGGUGGGUUCUUCCUAAGUGCUGUUACAUCUGCAGAUUCAAAGCAUGUUUUCUGUACCCACUUUUACAUGCCCACUGUUGCUGUAAGAACACGACUACCCUGGUGUUGAGGUGAUUCUAGGAAACCAGGCCCAGGUGACGACGAUGUCAUUUUCAUGGUUCUUCCACACUAGCUGGCUGGAAACUGGUCUUGACUGUUCCACUAAGGAAGGAGAUUUAUUUGGUUUAUUUAUUUGAAAAAAAUGUACAGUAUUUAAAAAAAAAAGAAGUCUUCUUUUUCUUGACACUAAAACAUGCGUUACCAGAAGGUUUUCUUUUGAGAAAAAUGACAAUUUGGACUGCUGAGAGUUGUGGCAUCCCACUUGUUUUUGUUGGGUCAACUACAGUAUAUUGUUUUUUUUUUUAAGGAUCGUCUGGUUGGUUGAUGUGCAAUAUGUUUUGUAUGCAGGUAGUUCUUAAAUAAACUUGAUCUUCCAUGUA